UAAAAAUAAAAUAAAAAAAAUACAGAGGAAAGGGAAAGGAGGCAUUGAGCAUUCCUUUCUUCCAAUGCAUCCAAAGCACCGCACCACCCCUACUAAUCCCUCAAAGCACAAACCUUAAGAAGAUCCUUAACUUGCUUUUCAAUUUCUCCUUUUGAGAAAAGGAUAAAGCUUUACUUUCUUCUUCAUCGUCUUGCAUCUCAGCGAUGCGCGAAGUGGAAACAUCGUCAUCUCCUCCUCCACAAUUCUCCGCCAUGUUUCAGAAGCUAGCCAUGGCCGUCAAAGCCAAGACCUACGAGUUCUUCACCGAAGACGGCGAAAGCAUCAAUCCCGAGGGUGGUGGCUUCUCCCUCCUCGACUCCACCGAAGACUUCAUCCCCGAUCAGAAAGUCGUCGUUCUCAAACCCGACUCCCCUCCGGCUAACGGUUCCAAGACCAAGACUUUACUCAAACCCAAGCCUCCCCAGAUCAGGAGACUCGAUACCCAGAUGGGAUUGAGCUUGAUCUCCUCCCUUUUCGCCACCGUCUCCUCCUUCGAAGCUUCGUAUCUUCAGCUCCAAGCCGCCCACGCGCCUUUCGUCGAGGAGAGCGUCAAGGCUGCUGACAGAGCUCUGGUCUCUAACCUCCAGAAACUCUCCGAUCUCAAGCAGUUCUAUCGAAACCAUCGCCAAAGUUUGGAUCUUGAGACCGAUUCUUUAGCGAUUGGGUCUCCCUUGGAAUCUAGGGUUCAGGAGAAUCAGAGCAAGCUUAGAGCUUUGGGGACGGUUUCUAACCGUUUACAAGGCGAGAUGGACGGUAAGGAUCUACGGGUUUGGAGUCUGAGGAACAAGCUGAGCGAGAUUCAGAAGUCUAACUCGAAGCUGUCGAAGAGACUGUCUGAAUCGGACGGUGGCGUUGUGUUGUCUGUUAGGGUUUACGAGUCUAUGUUGGGUGAUGCGUUUAAGGAUGUGAAGAGGUUCACUAGGGUUUUGAUUGAGCUGAUGGAGAAGGCGGGGUGGGAUUUGGAUUUGGCUGCUAGUUAUGUUCACCCUGAGGUGGAGUUUGCUAAGAAGGGGCAUAACAGGUAUGCGUUGUUGUCUUACGUUUGCUUGGGGAUGUUUCGUGGUUUCGAUGGAGAAGGUUUUGAUCUUGAUGGCGGAGAAGAUUCUUCUUCUUCGUUGAGGGAGUUGAUGCAGCAUGUGUCUAGCAACCCCAUGGAGCUUCUUGAGAGAGAUAAAGAGUGUGCGUUCUCUAGGUUUUGUGAUAAGAAGUAUCACGAGCUUAUUCACCCCAACAUGGAGUCUUCGAUAUUCAGCAAUAUGGAUCGAAACGAAGCUGUGUUGAGUUCUUGGAGAUCUUUGAGUACUUUUCACGAGUCUUUUGUCGCGAUGGCUAGCUCGGUUUGGACCCUUCAUAAGUUAGCAUUGUCGUUUGAUCCUGCGGUUGAGAUAUUCCAAGUAGAAAGUGGAGUUGAUUUUUCGAUUGUUUUUAUGGAGAAUGUCUUGAGAAGGAGACAAGAUAAGAACUUGUGGAUGAAUCCUACACGAGCCAAAGUGGGAUUCACGGUUGUUCCUGGGUUUAAAGUUGGCUGCACGGUGAUCCAGUCUCAAGUUUACCUUACCGGCUUCAAAUGUAAAUGAAAGAGACUGAUGGUUUACUUUACUUACUCCUGUGAUUAACUGUCUUCUUUAAGUCUUGGUUUGAGUUCUUGCUUUCGUUUAAAGUGUAUAGAAAGCUGUGGUUACUAAGUUUGGAUUGCAACAAAAAAAAAACUACAUUGUUUCUCUUAAUCUUUAGUAAGUUGUAAGUUGUAACAGAGUGAUUAUCAAAGUGUUAGUUCUACCAA